AUAAAAAAGGUAGUUAUGCAACUUGCUUAUCAAAUUCAUGGCGGGAACUAUGGAUCUGAUAUAGCAUUGCUCUUUCUCGAAAAUGCUGUGGAACUCACCUCAGUUGAAAGAUACGUUUGUGCAGACUGGAAUGCAGAGAAUCUGGAUGACCACUUAGAAGAAAACAACACAGGACAGAUCUUAGGAUGGGGUGUAAAAGAAAAUUACACUCACAGCGAGUCACUAAGAAUGACAACAUUGAUGGUAAGAGGUCCGGAACACUGCAUUGAAAUGCAACCAAGAGUGUUCAAAAAAUAUGUGACGUACACUUCUUUCUGUGCAGGUUACAACAAUGGU